ACAGCAUAACUGAGUCUCUGGGUGACACACUAUUAUACUUGUUGUGAGUUACUGUCCAGGACGUUUCUUCUGUUACUGAUCCAGGUCACCCCAGUAUAUCACCCACAGGAGGACGUCACCCCAAUAUAUCACCCACAGGAGGAGAGAACCCUAAUAUAUCACCCACAGGAGGACGUCACCCCAAUAUAUCACCCACAGGAGGAGAGAACCCGAAUAUAUCACCCACAGGAGGAGGUCACUCUAAUAUAUCACCCACAGGAUGAUGUCCUCCCUCUUUCUGCUUAUUCUGGGGGUGUCAGGCGUCUGCUCUGACAGUCACACGCUGCGGUAUUAUUACACGGCGGUCUCAGGGAAAGGAUCGGGGCUGCCGGAGUACUCUUCAGUUGGAUAUGUGGAUGAUCAGCAGAUUGCACAUUAUAACAGUGACUCUCGUGUCACACGUCCUGUGGCUCAGUGGAUGAAUAAUGAAGGAUCAGAGUACUGGGAAGGAGAGACACAGAAGGGUAAAGGCCGUGAGGCUGUAUUCAGACACAAUGUGAGGACAGCGAUGAGCCGCUUCAACCAGACUGGAGGUCUCCAUUCCUACCAGGGGAUGUACGGCUGUGAGCUGGGAGAUGACGGCAGCACGACGGGGUAUGAUCAGGAUGGAUAUGACGGGAGAGAUUUCCUGCACCUGGACACAAAGAGCUGGAUCUAUAUCCCCAUCAUGCACGAGGCUCAGAUCAGUACACAGAGAUGGAACAGCCCAGAUGUACGAGUGGGGGAGAUACACAGGAUUUAUCUGCAGAAUACCUGUAUAGAGUCACUGAAGAGAUUCAUCACCUAUGGGAGAGAGGAUCUGGAGAAGAGAGUUCGCCCACAGGUGAAGGUCACAGGUCACCGGUCAGGCGAGGUCACAAAGCUUCACUGUCAGGUGUACGGGUUUCACCCCCGAGCUGUGGAUGUGAAGUGGAUGAGGAACGGGAGAGACGAGGUUCCCUCAGAUGAAGCUAAGAAGAUCCUCCCCCAUCCUGACGGCACCUAUCAGACCAGAGUCUCCGUGGAAGUCUUUCUCAGGGAUGAGGACACUUACUCCUGUUAUGUGGAUCACAGCAGCCUGGAGGAGCCACUGACUGUCCUGUGGGAUCCUAAUGAGAACCGGACAUCACACAUUGGGAUUAUUGGUGGCGUUGUCGCUGUUCUUCUAGUGUUGGCCAUUGCUGUUAUUGGGAUCAUUCUAUACAGGAGACGCUCAGGGAAGAGUCCUGGUAAUGUCGAUAUUCCUACCCCCAACAAAGAAGACGGCUCCUCUGACUCAUCCGCCAUCUGAGUCAUAAGGAACCACUGAGGAGCAUCACACAGGAAGAUAACGAGUCGCCCUGUCCUGUCUACUUGUGUUAUUAUCACCUGUGAUUAUUCCUCGCUUACUGAGCGUAUAGUGUGAUGAGAUUGCUGUGCUAUAUAUUGCUCAGUGUAUAGUGUGAUGAGAUUGCUGUGCUAUAUAUUGCUGAGCGUAUAGUGUGGUGAGGUUGCUGUGCUAUAUAUUGCUGAGUUAUACUGUAGGUAGUAGGUGAAAAAUCUGCUGGUUUGGGAAACCUGCAUACUCUCUACAGCUACUGGGGAUUAUGAUAUGUGCUAUCACACUGCACAUGCCCAGAAAGCAUAGCGAAAGCAUAGCGGAACUAUUUAAAAAGAAAUUAUAAUAAUAUAACCACUUGCCUGGCAUCAUGGCAUCAGAUGCGACCACAGCAGCAAGUGCCUUAUCAGACCUGGUCGCAUAGGAUGUGAACAUUCAGAUACAGAGUGUGCAGCUGCAGGGAAGAGAAACUUCCUGCUGCUGCCACUCUCAGAGGAACAAGAAGGUCCCUCUGCCUCCCUACACCCUCCCCCAGUGUUUGCCGUGCUGCUGAUCGGUCAGCAUGGCAGGACCCCCCCACCCAAUUGCUUUAUACAAUAGCAGCCGCAGGGGAAGUGUAAAUUAUCCCCCCUGUGUACCUGGUGGCGGUCCCGGCUAUUAAAAUGAUAGUCACAAUGUUUUCAAUGGUUGUGAUGUUCCGAUGGUGACGACCAAUGUUCCAAUGUUUGGAAAAAAAUAUAUUCUUUUAGAAAUACGUAGCGUAGCAAAAGCACUUUUUUUUUUUUUUUUAUAAAAUCGUUUUAAAUAAAUGUUCUUCACCUAAUUCACUCAUUCAAAAUAAAAAAAAGGAUUUUGAGUGUUUUUUGGAAAACAAAAAUUUGUCAGGUAUGUGGUUAAACCCAUUUUGCUCCCAAACCUCUGCAUCAGUCCCCAGGUAUUUACUAUUUACAACGAAUACGCUACAUUUGGAAAUGAAAAAUCUUCCUUAUAAGUUCCAGGACACUUUCUAUAGUGAUGAUAUAUUUUAAUAAACAAUAAUAUUUUAUUUUCCAAAUGCAUUCAGCAAAUGACCGGGUGCAGGAGGUCUAAAUGUAAAUAUGUAUAUGAUGUAGAUCAGCGUAGUUUAAAUACAUAUUUUAUUAAAGGUGAUGUGUACUGUAUAUUAA